AUGUCUAAUACAGAAGAUUUUAGUGAUUCUGGUUCUGAAUAUCAGCCUAUUCCUGGAGAAAUUCAUACAGAAUCUGAAACAGAUACAAGUUGUGACGAAAAUAUUAUGAUGCCGUCUAGUCUAUCAGAACCUGGAACAUCUAAAUCUAGAAAAAGGUCAAUCAACAAGGAAAAUUGGACAGUUAAUAAAAGAAAGUUAUUGCGUAAUAGUGGAAAAGGUUAUGUAACUAAAAUGGGAGUGGAGAAAAAUACCAAAAUCUUCGAAAAUAUUGACUGUGGAUGUCCUAAAAAAUGUUAUACGCUUUUUACAGAAAAUGAAAGGCAAGAAAUGUUCGAAUCAUUUUGGAAUUUAAAGGACUUUAAUCAGCAAAAUGCCUUUCUAUAUGCAUUAGUGCAAAAAGCAUCUGUUAAUAGAAAACGACCUAAAGAUCUGUCACGAGCAGGAAAAAACGUUUCGUUUAAGUAUUUUCUCAAAUCUCAUAUUAUGACAUAA